AUGUCUGAAACAGAGGAAGAAUUGUAUGAACGGAAGAUAUGGACAAUAUCAGAAAUGUGCUCAAACCACAAUCAUUCUAUGUCAAUAAAUCAGCACAUCAAUGGCAUCAUCAUCAUCACAUUCUCCUUCAGCUCCGUCUUUUCAUCUCAAUCAUGGAAUCACAAUGUUUUUCUUAGUUUUAGAACAGAUUCUCGCAAGACUUUUGUGGAUCAUGUUUACACAACUUUUGUGCAACAAGGGAUCUACACUUACAAGGAUGACAAAAUACUAUUGAUCGACCCAUCCUUUAAGAAGGCAAUCAAAAAAUCAGAUAUUGUCAUCAUCGUAUUCUCUAAAAACUAUGCAGAUUCUUCAUGGUUGCGAAAACAAAAACGGAAAUACGGAGAAGCAUUUGUGAAACAUGAGUUAGAGAACAAGAACAAAGUCGAAUCUUGUAGACGAAUCAAAUCGCUAACAGGUAUGAAUCAAAGGGCGUCAAACAAACUGUUUACACAAUUUCACAGAGGUUGUAGCUAAUAAAAUCAAGCACAAAUGCUCGUAUGCAAAGUUUGAAAUCAAAGUUACAAAUUGACUCAAGUGGUUUGCGCAUGAUUGGAAAUGGGGGGUUGGGGGAGGUGGUAAGACUACUCUUGCAUCUUCGAUUUAUGAUGAAAUCUCUAUCAAGUUGAUGGUUGCUGUUUUGUUCAAAUAUUCAAGAGGACUCAAGAACGUGUGGUUUAACAAAAUUACAAGAUAAAUUUAUUUAUGGAAAAGAAUGUAAACGGGAGCCCACCAGCAUAAAAAUAUGGUUUAACAAAUAUGCUUACUCAUUAAUGUCUUUGUCACACAGAAAACAAUCGAGGACGUUAAAUGCUAACGGGAGCCCACCAGCAUAAAAAACACACAUCUUUUGAAAGCAACUCAUAAUCUUCCAUAGGUCUAUAAUCUUCCAAAAGUCUAUAAUCCUGGGGUGCAUGUUUGUGGAAGAGCCUAUCAGCCCCGUUAUCGUCUAACAAGCUAAUAUUGUGUAUAACAUCUACCUUGUGAGCAUAUAAUAAAUGUUCAUCUUUAGUUGUGAUUAUUAUUCGGCUUCCUACAACGAACCAAUCAUGUGAGUCAGCUAACAUUUAGGUUUUGCCAUAGAAAGGGCGAUUGUUUCUGAUGAUGUGGAUCACGUUAACAAUUUAAAAACGUUGGUUGGGUCACGUGAUUGGUUCGGUGAAGGAAGACGAAUAAUAAUCACAACUAGAGAUGAACAUUAAUUAAAUGCUCACAAGGUAGAUGUUAUACACAAUAUUAGUUUGUUAAACGAUGAUGAUGCUAUUAUGCUCUUUCGUAAACAUACCUGAGAAUUAUAGACGUGUGGAAGAUUAUCAGCAGCUUUGAAAAGAUGUUGUUUCUUACGCUAGAUUAUGACAGCUUUCAAAAGAUCUUUCUUACAUUGGUGGGCUCCAGUUAGCACUUACAAUAAUGAAUGGAGGAGUGCAGUAGCCUUUUGUGUAAAAGCUAAGAAUCAACUUUACUUACAAAAAUGAAGGGACGUCAAAGAUACUUGUGGCUUUCACCUUGAUAUUUCAAACAUUUAUUCAAUAAUGGUUGUGACUUUCUCAAAAGGUUAUCAAUAGUACUUAACUUGUACUUCUCUGAUUAUAUAGAAACUUCAAAUCUCAA